AUGAUUUGGGUCUCUCUUCUAUUGACCCUUGGAGUUGCCUACUUUGGUAUCAACACAGGAUACUAUUUGCGCCGGUCUAUGAGUAGAGCUAGGGAGCCUACAUCAAGAGUAGAUCCCGUCAGCAGCUCAAUCAAUUCACUUACUAAUACUAGUCCGGAUCCACACUGUGAGUUGGUGCACUACGUUCCGCCAACUGGGUAUACAGGCAAUGACACACUGGUGUAUGACUUUCGGGCGAGCCAUCCUGCCUGUUCGGUUCCUGUCCGCGAUCAGGGCUUGUGUAGUGGGUCAUGGGCAAUAGCUGCAGUCGACAUGUUCUCAAUGUAUCACUGCUCAAUGUAUGGAGAUGAAGCUACCCUGUUUUCCCCUCAAUACCUGCUCAGCUGCUUUAGUGACACGGGGUGCUUUGGUGAGGAUGCCCGUGCCGGAUUUCUGUUCCUUACUGAAGUGGGCAUUACCUCAGAAGAAUGCUUUCCAUUUAAUUCCAGCGAGCACGGAGUGCCGCCGGCGUGCCCAAACGCUUGUGUGGACGGAAGCACCCCUUCCUUCAAUAGGAUUAGCAAAGCUCAUAUAUAUGGGGGUAAUGCUACCCGCAUCGCAGAACUCUUAAUGCAGAAGGGACCGCUAUACGCGGAACUAUUUGUUUACAAGGAUUUGUUGACCUACCAUGGUGGAAUAUACAAUCGCACAAGCACUGACUAUAUUGGUACUCAGGCGGUCAUUCUGGUUGGCUUCGGUGUGGAUACAACUAGGAAUGUUUCGUACUGGAUAGCGCAGAACUCUUGGGGCUCGUCCUGGGGCGAGGAUGGAUUCUUUCGUAUUCUAAAGGGUGUUAACGAAUGCGGCAUUGAGAAUAGGGUUGUUUACAUAGACACAGAGCAUAAUGCACCGAUGUGA